AUGCCUGCCUCAUAUGCGUUUGACGCCCAAAGUAUCGCCUAUCUGAGACAUCACACGGUUAGAUCAAUGUCGGGUUACUAUCCUCCUUCCGGGCCUCCGCCCCAGCAAUUCGGGCAUCCUCAGCAACCUCCUCCACCUCAAGGACACUGGGGAGGCCCUCCUCAGAACAGUAUGGGAGGAUAUGGAGCUCAGUUUCAACCUCCUCCUCACCCUCCGCCAGGUCACAGCCAACCAUGGCCACCACAAGGUCUGCCACCACAAGGAAUGGCACCAGCAAGUUUCGCUCCUCCGGGACAGCCUGGAUUUCAGCAAGGCAUGCCCCAACAAGGCUUUCAUCAGGGACCGCCACAGAUGCCUCCUCAGCAAGCGUAUCCUCCAGCGUCAAUGCCUUCUCCCGGUUACGGGAACGAUGUCGCUCAGAUGAAUGCCAAUCCAGACGUUGACGCCCUCAUGAAAGCCAUGUCCGGAAUAAGACGCGAUCAUACAACGGUCAUACGCAUAUUGUCCAAGGCCGAUCCACGUUAUCCAGCACUGCUACGUCAGACAUAUGCACAACGCAAUGGAGGAGCAAAUCUUGAGGCGAAAAUUGAAUCGACGUUCCGCUCCCACUAUGGUGAUGCUCUACUCCAACUUGUUCGAGGGCCUCUAUUGGCGGAUGUUCACAACAUCAACCGAGCAAUUAAGGGGCUAGGAACCAAAGAGGAUAUGUUAAAUGACGUCCUUAUUGGUCGCUCCAACGCUGAUAUGCAAGCUAUCAAGGCCACAUAUCAGACUGUAUUCAAGAAGACUAUGGAGUCCGAUGUUGGAGGAGACCUUUCUUUGAAAACAAAGACGAUGUUUCAGCUCAUUAUGCGAGCCUCUCGAACCGAUGAAUCCUAUCCCUACAAUCCGGUAGAAAACACCCGCGAUGUUGACGCGCUCUACCACGCUAUGCGAGGCCCGUCCAUUGCCACGAAUCAGGAACAGGUCUUCACCGUUCUGACGCAACGUUCCGAUAACCAGAUCCGUGCUAUAGCCCAUGCAUACCAGCAGAAAUACCACAAGUCACUCGAGGACGCUAUUCGCUCCGGCUUCUCAGGUCAUAUGGAAGAUGCUCUCUUACUGGCACUAGGAAGAGCUACCGACAGGGCGAAGACGGAUGCAUUCGGAAUGGAGGACACGAUGAAAGGUAUGGGCACAAAAGACAAUCUGCUCGUAAACAAGACAGUCAGAGUACACUGGGAUCGACAGCACAUGGAUCAAGUCAAGAAGGCUUACCAGCACUUCUUCAAGAAGGAUUUGAUAUCAAGGGUCAAGGGUGAGACCAGUGGGGAUUACAGGGAUUGUCUGGUCGCUUGUUUAGCCUAA